AUGGCUUGGUCACAUGCCUCGGCGGACACCCUUUCCUCCUCUUCAUCUCCGUCAUCUCGCUCCUCAUCUCCCACCUCAACUCCGUCUUCCUCACCUCCCGCCUCUCCAACCCCCAUAUGGAGAAGGAAGUCGCCCGAUGGUUCCAACUGGAGGGCAUCAAAGACAAGUGGCAGCGCCGCUUGGACAUCUCCUUCGUGGCGACGGAGAGAGGACUCGCCAUCCCCGCCAGAAUCCGCGUCUCAAUCCUCGAGGGUACUUCUCCCGGCACUCGAGGACGUCAAGGUCGGACAGGUAUUUUACCUCCCCGACACCCACAACCAGGGCGGACAUUUUGGUCACCCAGUUGUGGUUAUCAGCAAGAACUUGGCCCAAGCGACCGUUACCUUUCGCCUCUGCACCUCGUUUACACAGAAGACCGGGUCAAAGGGUAUCUUGAUGACGAACAAGAGCCCUGCUUGCCGGAAGCAGCAUCUCCUCAUCGACAACUUCACCGAGGAGGUCGCUGCUCAUGAUGGCACCAGAAAACUGACGAUGGCUCCUGGAUCUGGCAAAUUCAGCAAGCCUACCUACGUCAACAUCGAAAACUCCCCAAUUACGAUGGGGUACGCUGCCCUCGAGCAGUGGAGGAGCAGCCAGCCGAUUCUCUUCGGGGAGGAGGCGGUUGCGAGGAUCAGCGCGUAGGCGCCGUGGGUGGGGCGGUGAGGGCGCGGGGUGGAUGUCAUCAAGUGGUGGUUGUUUGGUUCUUCC